AUGUCUGUUUCCAACAUAACAAUCUACAUGCCUUCUGUGCUGACACUAAUAGGGAUCCCAGGCCUAGAAUCUGUGCAGCGCUGGAUUGGGAUUCCAUUCUGUGCCAUGUUUUUUGUUGCUAUUGUUGGAAAUAUCGUGCUUCUGAUGGUUAUCAGAUCAGAGCGUAGUCUGCAUGAGCCCAUGUACAUUUUCUUAGGCAUGCUAGGAGCCACAGAUAUUGCACUCUCUAGCAGCAUUAUACCUAAGAUGCUUGGAAUCUUUUGGUUUAACAUGCCUGAAAUCUACUUUGAUUCCUGCUUGCUCCAAAUGUGGUUCAUCCACACACUUCAGUGUACAGAGUCAGGCAUCCUCCUGGCCAUGGCCCUGGACCGUUUUGUGGCCGUAUGUUAUCCCCUGAGAUAUGCCACCAUCUUCACCCACCAGCUUGUCUCCCAAAUAGGUGUUACAGUCAUACUCAGAGCUGCCAUUCUUGUAACCCCAAGCCUAGCACUGAUAAAGUGUCGGUUUCAAUUUUAUCACACGACUGUUAUAUCCCACUCUUACUGUGAGCAUAUGGCCAUUGUGAAACUAGCUGCAGGAAAUGUUCGAAUCAACAAAAUAUAUGGUUUGUUUGUGGCCUUCACUGUCGCGGGCUUUGACCUCAUAUUCAUUACAUUGUCCUAUAUCCAGAUAUUUACCACAGUUUUCCAUUUACCCCAGAAGGAAGCUCGGUUGAAGGCAUUCAAUACCUGCAUUGCGCACAUUUGUGUCUUCCUUCAGUUUUACCUCCUGGCCUUCUUCUCCUUCUUUACACACAGAUUUGGUUCUCACAUCCCCCCUUAUAUCCACAUUCUCUUUUCUAGCAUUUACUUACUGGUCCCUCCAUUUCUUAAUCCACUUGUUUAUGGUGUGAAGACUAAGCAGAUUCGCAUUCAUGUGAUGAAAAUGUUCUGUUCAUAA